UCGUCACGUUCUAUGCUUUCCGAUUCUUACCGACGUUGAUGGGAAGAAGAGCACUCUGACUCCGCAAGUUCGCAACUCGUUCGUCCAGUGUUUAUUGUUUUGGUAGAGAGUUGUUGCCGUGAUGUCUUCAGGUAAAAAAGGAAAGAAAACAAAAGGGAAACCCCCUCUCCACUAGUGAGAAUUUCUUGGUACUUCAAACCCAUCUGGUGGGUCAGCUGUUGUCAUUAGUAAAUCAAGUUGGGCAGAUGAAACAGAGGAUUAUGAAGAAGAUAGAUAUGUUACUCCAGAAAGAUUGGUUUUACCAACUGCCCCACGAAAUGCUCGUGGGCCGGAUGUUGAUCCUGAUAGAAUUCCAAGAGAGCCUCCUUACACAGCUUAUAUUGCUAAUCUCCCUUUUGAAGUCAGCGAAAAUGACAUUGAACGCUUCUUUGGUGACUUCAGGGUGAAAUCCAUAAGGCUACCUCGGGACAGUGGCGAGAAUGGGCGUUUCAAAGGAUUUGGUUAUGUUGAAUUUGGAACACGGUCAGAGCUUAUUGAGGCACUUACUAAAAAUGAGGAUACCAUGGGAAACCGUAAGAUACGUAUUGACGUAGCAGGUGGUGAAGGUGGAAAUCAAAGAAGAGGGUUUUCUGAUAGAGGUGGUGGCAAUCGUGAUAGAGAUGAAGAUCGUUUGGAUCGCAGUGAAGGCGUAUCAGAUUGGCGUGCAGCUCCUAGAGAUUCGGCUCCCCGAGAUGGAGGUCGUGAUGACAGAAGCCCACCCAGGGGUGGUUUUGAACGUGACAGGUGGGAUGAUAGGGUAUCGAGACAGAUACGGAGAGAGAGAUAGAUAUGGUGAUAGAGAAUGGGAUAGGUAUGGCGACAGAGAAAGAGACCGUUUUGGUGACAGAGAUCGAGGUCGAUAUGGUGGUGGGAAUCGAUACGACGAUGAUCGACGAGGUGGAGGAGGAGGUGGUUUCCGUGAUGACCCUUGGAGACGUGAGAGAGAUGAUCAAAGUUAUUCUAGGGGUGGUGGUGGUGGUGGUGAAGAUGCAGGUCCAAGGGAACGGCCAAAGUUAAAGCUAAAGCCUCGUUCAGCUCCUGUGACUGAUGAGAAAAAAGAAAGCACCGGAGGCGGGGGUGGGGGUGGAAAUGGAGGUGGAGAUGGAAGUGGAAGUGGAAGUGGAAGUGGAGGUGGCGGUGGCAGUGGAGGUGGCGGUGGCGGUGGCGGUGGAGGUGGAGGUGGAGGUGGAGGUGGUAUAUUCGGUGAUGCCAAGCCAGUCGAUACAGCAGCUCGAGAAUUCCAGAUUGAGAAGAAAUUACAAGCUAAAGAACCAGCUCCAAAGCGGGAAAGUUCUGGUGGUGCUGGUGGUGGGAUUUUCGGCGAUGCCAGGCCUGUGGAUACAGCAUCUCGCGAAAAAGAAAUUGAAGAGAAAUUGCUUAGAGAUUUCAAUGCAGCUGGUGGCAGGGAUGUUGGUAGUGGAGAUGGUGGUGGUGGAAGUAGAGGUGGACCUGGUGGUGGUGGGGGUGGUGGUGGUGGUGUUGGUGGUAAUGAUGGCAGCAUAAGAGGGGGAGGGAAUCAUUUGGAAAGUAGAGGUGGAAGUGUUGAUAGUACCAGCAAAGGCAGUGAAGGAGGAGGGAGCAAGGGUGGUGGGACUGCUGCCAGUAUUUUUGGCCAGGCCAGACCUGUUGAUACAGCUGCACGUGAACGCGAGAUUGAAGAGAGAUUACGUAAGCUGAAUGGUGGGGCAAGUAGAGAGGAGCAGCCGCCGCCAAGAAGACUUGAUCGACGAGAAGAUCUUCGGGAUAUUCGUCGAGAGGAUAAUCGAGAUGUUCGACGAGAGGAUAAUCGAGAUGUACGUCGAGAGGAUAAUCGAGAUGUACGUCGAGAGGAUAAUCGAGAUGUUCGUCGAGAAGAUAAUCGAGAUGUUCGUCGAGAGGAUAAUCGAGAUGUUCGUCGAGAGGAUAAUCGAGAUGUUCGUCGAGAGGAUAAUCGAGAUGUUCGUCGAGAGGAUAAUCGAGAUGUUCGUCGAGAGGAUAAUCGAGACAUCCGAAUCAAUGAUAAGGAGGAUCGCAGGGACAGAGGGGAAGUCCGAAAACCUGUAAGGGAUGACAGAGAGAAAAGGAAUGACAUGGAUAGAGAUGAAAACCAUGAUCCACCUCAGCGACGUGGAAAACCUGUGAAAGAUGAACCUGUGAUCAUUGAUACAGCAAACAAGUUUGCAGGUUUGGAUCUUGAAGCUGAAGAUUAGUUUAGACAAUUUAAGGGUUGCUUAAGGAUCAUAGGUUAAGUGGCCAUCUGAUCCCUGUGCUGGCUAACCUGUCUCUGUUGUAUGUUGUACCUUUCUGGUAUCACAUCCCUGCCUUAGGUGCGCACACACUCCAUAGCCACUAUGGCUGUAAAGACGAAAUUGUUGGCUUCUGCCGAUGUUCACCCUUUAAUGAUGGCAAUGUAUCUUCAGUAUCCCAGUGGUACUCAUAAACUGUAUCGUAUGCUCUUGAUGAAGAGAUGUAUUGACAUGCCCUGUGCACGAGAUGUUGAUAAGCAAAACCACAGCUUUGCCUCAUUGUCAGGUCAGUAUAUUGUUGACACCAGGAUACAUUGUUGUUGUCCUGUCGUUGAGCAUUGUUCCUUGUAUAAGGUGAAUCUACAUGGUUGUAUGUCAUUCAUGAAAUUUUCUAAAUGUCAUGUUUGCCAAGUCAUCACACAAGCUCUUCCUCGGUAAUGUGCCCCAGCAUGCAUUUUAGAUAUGUCAGUUUUCUUCAGUAUUUAACCUUAAGUAACUGUUGAUGUAGAAUCGCCAAGUUCAUUUACAUAGCCUGCAUUCAUUUUGUUUAUUGAUGCCCCCCCCCCCCCCCCCUUUUUUUUUUUUUUUUUUUUUUUUCCUCACAAAAUACACUUCUUUUUCUUGAAAGUAAACUUUACACAUGAGUUAAAGAUAGUGGGCAUUGAAUUAAUUGAAUUAUGAUCCUGUUUCUAUAUUAUAAAGACCAUGUGUUAGGUUGUUUUAUGUAGUGUGAAGAAUACAUGACAAAUUUAGGUAUGCUGGGGCACAAAACAUGAGAGGGAUUGUGAAUGCAUUGUAGAUAGAUUUCCAUAUACAGAAUAUUGUGCUGUGAUGCAGACUUCUGACUUCCCUCUAAAUGAUGAGGGAUGCAGAAAUGAGCCUUCUUGAGCUGUGAUUACAGUGUUCAUUUCCUGUGCCCCAGGCCAGUCAGCAGCCUCUCAUCAUUGCUAUCCAUAUAUCUCAUCAAGAUUUGCCUCUUUACGAGCAUAUAGGUUGUUGAUGGGGUUUGUUAAAAAAAAAAAAAAAAAGAGCUGUGGGUGUUGCUUGGUUUUCUGAACCAGAGUAAACAGCCCUAUGUCUUGAUCAUCUCCAUAUCAAAGACAGAUUUUGGGAUUAUCUGUCAUAGUUGCCCUCGUUUGGUUGAUUUAACUGUCAUGAUAGAUGUUUUACUCUGGUUGAAUCAAAGAGAAAGAUUUGACUUCAUGUGCAGGUGCCCUAUUUGUAGUCAUGAAGGUUGCAGUGGCCCUUAGCAGGAGAAAGAGAGAGGCAGUCUUGGCUAGCCAGGGACAGAGCCAAUUAGUAAUAUAAUUUAAGUCAGUGUUUGAUAGCUUGUUGUAUCUACUUCUCAUAAGUAAAAAUAUUAUAUUUAAGAAAAUAACAUUUUUAUAUGUUUUUUAUGCCUUGGAUAAUUAAUGUAAAUGUUUUAUCUAGAUUGGAAUCGAUCCUCAAAAUAAAAAUGAUGUAAAUAAAAUGCAUUAUUGAGUAUUUAGUAUUAUCUUGCACAUGCUUAGAUAAAUACCUAUAUCUUCUGUAUGGUUUAGCAAAUGGCAGUCAUUGUCUCUGUAAAAGCUUUUAGAAGUGAAGGUCAAAUUCACUUACAUAGUACCUUGAACACCAGAUAUCCAGUUUAAAUUUGUAUUUACAUGACUGUGUAUGCUUCAUCCAGUUUUAUUUCAUAAGUAUGUUAGCAGUUGUCAGAGGCACUUUUAAUUAUUCAUACUUUGAUAUAAGCCUUUAUUUGUUUGAGGAUGUUUUACCUUUUCUUUUACAUUAUUAAUAUGUUAUGUUUCUUGAAGUUCAGUUAUAUUUUAAUGGUGAUAUGUGAUUGCAGUUCCUUUGUGGAAUUCCCUUCUUCAUCAGAAUUUAUUAUAUCUAGAUAUUGAAAGUUACUUGCUCAAAUGUAAUAAGCAGAUAGAUGAAGAUUCCUUUGUAUGUGUUUAUAUAUCCUAAUUUUGCUUAAAGGACAGCCUUUUAAAUGGAAAUUGUUUUCUGUUUAUGAUUUUCCAUAAUAAAUCUGCUAAAGAGCAA